AUGGUACCAAAAAUCCUGGCCUUCUCCUCUGCAACGCAGAGGCCCAAUCUGGCCAGCCAUUGUUCCUGUGUUUUGUGGAGCUGCUGCAGAGCUGAGCAUGAGCGCUCCGUACCCUCCCUUUCCUUUCUAUCCUUCCUAAUCUCCUUCCUCGCCUCGUUUGCUCUUCCGUAUUUGUUCCUUAUCUCCCCUAUACCCUCGCUUUCCUCACAGUUUUCUUCUAUUUUUGUGCUUCUACAGAAAGAAGAGCCAUUAGACGAAUAUCCUGAGCCUACAGACCUCAAAAUCAAGUCCUCGCCCCCUCCGCUCCGUGACAUCAGCACCCAACACAACAAUGACGACCAGACGGAACCCGUAGACCUGUCCCUCAACAAGCCCCGCCCUUCCCUUCCGGUAGCCACAGCAACCUCCACCCCUGCAAACCCGCCUCCUCACAACAUCACGGUGAGCGCCACCAUCCCGGCGGUGCUGUCGCCGGGCUCCAUCCUGGCGUCCACGCAAGGGGUUGGAGGUCAGCAGAUCCUGCAUGUCAUCCACACCAUACCCUCUGUGACCAUGCCCAGUAAAAUGGGGCAGCUGCAGACCAUCCCCGUGGUGGUGCAGUCCUUACCGGUGGUCUACACAACCAUACCCACAGACGGAGUGGCUACCGCCGCCAUCACAGUACCUCUCAUCGGAAGCGACGGGCGGUCGGAGGGAUCAGUGCGUAUAAAGCCAGGCUCAACCUCUCCAGUCGAGUAUCAGUCUGAAAGUGAUGCUGAGAGUGGCACAGAGUCUGGAUCGGCCUCUUUCAGCACCCAAGGGAUGGAACCCAGUAUGAAUACAGAUGUGGACAUCCAAGUUGACCCUGACUCACCAGACAUGAAGAGAAGGCGCGUACACAUGUGCGAUUAUGACGGCUGCAACAAAGUCUACACCAAGAGCUCGCAUCUGAAAGCCCAUCGCAGAAUACACACAGGUGAAAAGCCAUACCAGUGCACAUGGGAGGGCUGUACCUGGCGCUUUGCCCGCUCGGACGAGCUGACGCGGCACUUUCGCAAGCACACCGGCAUCAAACCCUUUCGCUGCACUGACUGCGACCGCAGCUUCUCCCGCUCUGACCACCUGGCACUUCAUCGACGGCGCCACGUCAUGAUGUGAAACUCUUUGUACCCCUUCCUCCCCAGCCCUCAGGAGACAUGCACGCCCAUCCAGGGGUUCCAAAUGCUAUUGACGUCACCUCCCCUGUCUCCAGAUGUGAACAUAUGUGUUAAAUAUGGAGGUAUAAGGGGUGGCACGACCAUAUUGGUUACCCCUACUGGUUAGAACAUGGCUGCAGUUUUCUGCCAUGCCUCCAGAAGCCACAAACCACCCGUCCACUGGUGACCUCCACCGCCAUCUAAAUGCCUGAUCAUUAGCCAUUACUUGAAGGGACUACAAGAAAGGCAAACUGCACGCAGCACUGCUAUAUCUAUAACAGAGAAUGAUGACUGGGGAAGGUACCCCUUAUUGAGAUGAUUCUUUAAAAACAAGUACAGAAAAACAUGAGAAAGUAAAGGAUUUUAUGCAAGAUGGAUGCAAGAAGAUGGUGAGGAAAAAGUAGAAUUAUGUAAUAAAUUUGAUCAUUUUAAUGAGGUGGGUGGGUUGGAGAUGCAUCUACAGCUGCCUUGUUGAAUUCGUACAUUUUAUCCAAACUUUUUGUUGUUCUAAAUUUGUAUACUCACGCUAGGGUUGGGCGAUGUCUACCAAAUUGGCAUCGGACGAUGUCUACAGUGAAACAUCAUGAUGGACGAUGACCUUGGGGUGGGCGGUGCGGGGUUAGGGGUGUGCCCUAACCGUGAAACAAAUAAUGCGUUAUUCGGAGCCACUAAAAGGUUAGCCGCUUGCUAGCGGUAGCCUGUUGCAUUACAGUACAUGAAAGUUCA